GGUGGUCAGGUAGAGGCCGCGGUGGUACAGGAGUAUCAGUGUGCGGAGCAGGGCUGGGGCGGCCUGGGCAGCCAGAGCACGAUAACUCGCAGGCACGGGGCCUAGUCCGGAGGAAUGGAGGUGGAAGGUCUCUUUACCUAUGCUAACCAGACUUUAGUACCACUGCUGCUCUAUCAACUGUCCCCAUUGUUUUAAUGCUUGAGAGUUGCAAUGGAAGCUGGCCAAGAGUGCCAAGGAGAAACUGCUGGCACAAACGUAGCGUCUGUUAUUUGUGAAAAAGCAGAUUGUAUUCGCUAUGAUGCAGACUCCGAAAAAGUGGAAACAUCUCUUGGGCAGUCUGGAAUGUUUCUAGACCAACAAACUUCAGCUAAGCAGAAGAAGUCUCCUUUCAAAUUUUUUGGAGGCAGAAAGAGCAUUUGUACUUUGCCAAGCUUUUUUGGGGGAAAACACAAAGGCCUGAGCAAAGGAAGCUCCAAAAAAGGAUUAAGCAAAAGCAAAACCCAUGAUGGCUUCAGUGAUGUACCUAGAGAAGAUGGGAAAAAAGAGAGUUCUUUUCAAAGGUUCCACAUGCAUGAACAUACAAAGUUUGCGAAUUCUUUGCCAAGCUCUCAGAGUGCUGAUUCUGGUAUUACUUCACCAGUUAAGCUUGAUUUUAACUUUCAUGAUUCAUCCCCUCUAGGCAGCACAGAAUGCUUUGAUAAGAAGCUAAAUGGUGAGAAAUCUCUGUCCUUUCCCAGACCAAAAAAGGGAUUAAAGGGUUUAUUUAGUAGCAUUCGCCGUCAUAAAAAAAACAAAGCCAUAGAUACUGAGAAAAGUGAGAUUUCUAACAAUAUCCCCCCUUCUAUCAUCUUGGAUAAAGUGACUAUCAAAUACACAAAUGAGGAUAGUGGCAGUGAUAAACAUAAUGAGGGCUCUGUUGACCCUGUACCUUCAGAGAACUACCUUGAUGCUAUCCAUGAAAAAGAAUUAACAGUGGAAUGUUCUGAGAACUUCUCAGGUGUGCCUCAACCCACAGAUUUACCUUCAGAAGCUAAUCUAGAUGCAACGGUAGACCAAAAAAGUUCCUUUGAGUUUAAAACCAAUUCUGCAGUUUCUGCAAGCACUGAGGAGGUGUUCCUAGAGGUACUAAAUACCGAUCACACAACCAGAGAUUCUCUAUCAGGUGGUGAUCAAAUUAGCCUCAUGCUGGAAGAUGUUUCUUCACUCAAAAGUUUUGACUCUCUUACUGGCUGUGGUGAUAUAAUUGCAGAUCAAGACAUUGACCACAUGAGUGACAACACAAUCUCGUUGGAGCGAAACCGAGAAAUAACAAAGAGAAGUUCUUGCCUCGUGACCUACCAGGGUGGUGGGGAAGAGAUGGCAACACCAGAUGACAUGGAAGAAGAGUAUCUCCAACAACUUUUGGAGGAUUCCACUGGUGCAGAAGCGAACUAUGAAUUGAACCAAGAAAAGGAAAAUGAAGGGAAUUCGAAAAGCUUUAUUUCCCUUGAGGCUAGUGAGUUUCCUUUGAAUGUUAAAGAUCCAUUUGAUAGAGCCCUUAUGUGCAACACAGAGUUGUUGACCCCACAGAGUGAUCAGCAAGAGUCUGCCCCAAAUAGUGAUGAAGGAUACUAUGAUUCUACGACACCUGGUCCCGAAGACGAUUCUGGGGAAGGCUUCAUUCAGAAGGAGCGGCUUCCCAGGGAUAGCUACAGUGGAGAUGCACUUUAUGAGUUUUAUGAGCCUGAUGACAAUCUAAUGAGUCCUGCACCAGGUGGUGAGUCUUUAUAUGAAAGUAAAACUCCAUGUUCUGAAAUUUUUGAUCAGUUUUUUGGUUUUAGUAUUCCUGCAGACAGUGGCUCAAUUCAGGAGGCAGAACGUAAAAGGGGUGCAACAGAGACAGAAGAAGAGAGACUUGCAGUGAUUCAAAAACAGCUUCUCUUUUGGGAACGACAAAGAGAGGCAGCACUAAAAGAGAUGGAAGGUCCAGUUGCUGAUCUGUUUUGCAAAGAAAAGCUGAAUAUUGAAUGUGAAAACAGAACUGCUAAUUUAGUGGACAGGAAUAUGAGUUGCCUUGGUAGCAAUCUAGCAUUGUUGCAAAAUACAAACAAAGAUGCAAUCAGCAAAGGAAUUCAAAAUGUACAGACUGAAAAUCAAAGCUGGACAGACUUCCAAGAGAAUUCUUUUACACACUCUAAAUCCCAGGAAUGUUAUAGUCAACAUUUAGAGGGUAACUGCCUUAUCGAGGAUGAUGCUGGUUUUGAGUUGAAUGUUGAUAGCCUUGAAGCUCAAGAUCAGGAUGAUACCAGAAUAUCAAGUUCUGAUAACUUUAAAAAUUUUAAGAUUCCCUCUAUGCACCAUGUCCAGAAUGUAUUUGAUAAUGUAUACAAUACACCAAAUGAAUGUGAGGAUACUGCAGAGUUCAACAAUGGAAUGUUAUUUUCUAGUAUAUCUGAACGUUUGGGAAAAACUGGCUCUAGCUCCUCGUUCCAUCACAAUCUCGAUUCUCUUCCGACCAUGGUUACUUUUGACAUUGUUGAUGUUGAAAAUGAAGGCGAAUGUGAACAGCAAAUAGAGCUGAGUCCAGAUGAAGAGGACGAUACAUCAUUUGAGACUUUUGAUCACAGUUAUGUACAGGAAUCUUUAGCAGAUUGUGAAGAACAGUUAUUUCAAGUGGAUUCCCAUCUUCCUUUCCACAGCUACAACUGGGGAGUAGCUAGUCUUCCCCGUCACCUUGACCACUAUAAGUUGAUUCCCUCAAUGCCUGUGCCGCUUUCGCUUAACCGAAGAAGCAAGUCUCUUGACACAGAAAAUAUGGAGCUUGAACUUGGGGGUCUCCAUUUGUCUAGAGCUGGCCUCCGGUCCAACGAUCACUCAGCCAAUUGGGAAGAUGGUCCUAAUCAUUGGAGUUAUGGAGAUGCAUGUUCCCAGGGAGGUGAGAGUGCAUGGGAUGAGCGUAAUUGUCUGAGACAGGACAUUCAGCCUGCUGGGAAUUUUGAAAGGUGUACUUCAGAUGUAAUUUCAAAGCAGGGUUAUAGCAGAAAUUUUAAAAGCCCAAGCUUAAGUAAAAAGUUGUCACAACGUAUCAAACCAAUUACAAGAAUAACCAACACUACUUUGCAAUGUAACACUAAGCUAUCCCAAGAGGUUUCCAACUCUAACCAGUAUUAUGGAGAGAACACUACAAAGAAACUUGCUCUUGUGUUGCCUUUGGAAGAGAAAAGGGACUUGGCUCUACACCCAUCUUUCUGCGACCCUGCUGUAUCAAUAAAGCAAUCAAAAAACAAACCUGUGGGCAUCACGCAAGCAAUGCCUCAGCAACGCAAGAAUGCCGGGGGCUCUCUUAUACCUACAGGAGAUUAUAAAGAGCAGUUUGUACCCACCAAGAAAGGGACAGUUGUACAGAGAGCUACUGCUUCUGAUGAUUGGAGUAAUCAUCUUAGUGAAUGUACUAACAGCUAGUGUUUUGUGAAUUUUUUAUAUUUGCAUUUAUUUUAAGUAGGGAGACAAAAAUAUAUAUUCCAUGUCAAGUGUCCUAAUUUUGGAUGCAAACCAAAAGAAACUGCUGAGCUGGGAGGGAACAAGUCUGUUCUGCUAUUGCAAUAAAUAUUUGUUACUAUUUAUUUUGCCAUAGCCUACUUGGUGAACAAAAAAUUGCUAACCUCUUUAUUUUAUGUUGUCUAUGGCUCUUUGGUUUCAUACUGUUAGAUCUACCUUCAAACACUAUGGACAAAGUCAUAUCAUCUGAUGGUGUGGGUUCAUUUUAAAGAAACACUUUAUAUUUUUAAAAUCUAUGGUGGUGUUGGGUAAUGGCAUUUUAAUUCAGCAGAGGAUUAUUUUAUGGGGUUAUUGAUCUGGCAUCAUUAUUGUAUUAAUACUGACAUAGUCUGCUUUUACAUUCAUAAAAUGCUGUCUAUGCGAGCCUGUGAUAUUUUGCCCCAUUGAUAUUUUACUAAGGGUGAAAGCUGUUUUGGUGUUGCCAUUUCCCACACUGACAAAGAGACUACAGGGUGGUAUAGUUCAAAAUAAAGAUCGGUCAUCUACAAAUGAAAGGAUGCCAAGUCUGCUGCCUGUACAAAACCUUUUCUCCUAAAUUAAUUAGAACACUAGACCAGUUUCCCAAAACAAAAUGUCUUGUAAAACAUACAUCUCAUCUAUACUUCUGUUAAUAUUUUGGGAAGCACAAUGUAAGUAGGACCUGUCUUGCUACACAGGAGCGUGCUGCUUAAUGUUUAAACUUUUAUUAGCAUUUUAAGUUGUUUAAGGUAAAACUGUAAUGCAUUUAUACACUACCUUUUUAUAUUAACCUCCUCGAAGUAAUCGAAGCGUUUGUUACAAAUGUUAGUCUUGCAGUUAAACAGAUAUUCUGUGUUCCAUCUACAUUGCAGAUAACCCGAAUCCUUUUUCUCCCAGUUUCAGCUUGCUGUGUGAAGCUUGCCGUAAACUUUCUAAAUUUGCAUGGCAGUGUCAUUGCAUGGGCACCAUGAAAUAUUAUCCUAAAAUGUAUGUAGUAGGUAAGGAAGGUGAAGGCUGGUGUUAUACGUCACACCUGAAUAGUACAGAUUUUUAUUGUUCCAGUAAACGAUGAUUGCAGUUUGUUUGAUUUAACCUCUGUUAUAAAUAUAUUACAGUUUUCCUUUAAAUAUUUGGUGACCAAAGAUGUUCUAAACCAUCAUCUCUUUUGAACUUUUUUUUUUUAAUUAUUUUUACAUAAGAGGCAACAGUUCUACAGAUUCCUGCUAAUGCUGAAAAUGACGUGUUGAUGGACUAACAACCUAUGUAAUGUCAUUGGUGAUUGAAGAGAAAGUACAGAGUUUCUGAUUUUGAUAUUUUUGCAAUGUAUUAAUGCAGUUGAACACUAUUGAUAUAUAUGAUUUUGUUGAAAUCUUCAUAUAUUGCUUCAAUUUAUGCAAAUUGGUUUACUUUCUCAUGAUUCCUUCUGCUUCAGAUAGGAAAAGUCUAGAUAGGAAAUGAAGUAAAGUCUUGUAGAUCCACUCAAAUUAAUUUAUCUUGCUUUUCAGCUCAUGUAUUACACCUUUUUAAACUGAGAUUGCAAAAGGACAUUAUAGGCACCAAAACCACUGCCUUGGUGGUUCUUUUAAAUAUAGCCUGUUGCUGCAGGCUAAGCAGUAUAAAUGUUGCCUUUUUCUGAGAAACGGUGGUGUUUUCAUUAGUGCCUAUGGCUGCCAGUAGAGGGAUUUCCUGGACCAAUGUUCAGCUUUACAUAGAACUGUAUUGAUUCAAUACAUCUCCAAUGAGAUACUGAUUAGCACUGCACAGUGAUUUAGGACACUGAUGCAUUAGCCUUACAAUGCCCUAUGUGGUACCACUGGACUAAUACCGCAUAGGGAUCUCCGCUAGAGAGGUGUGUGGACAGUAGUGAAACUGGGCCCCAUAAAGAAAAGGUUAGUAAAUGUAAGAAUAAUUUGGUAAGCCAAACUCUAGAUUGAUUGCAGCUUGGUACAUUUAUUACGAAUGCCGGGUUGGCAACUAUAAAAUGGCCACUAUGUAAUAUUUAAUUAUCAGGAGUUAUGCAAAUCCCAUCCUAGCAUGCGAGUCUUGGUGAAUCAUUUGUCUUUAAUUGGCUAAAUGAGGAACAACCUAAACAAAAUAAUGUUCAGAAUUGUUUUAAAUGUAAAAAUUCUGGCUAAUAUAGCUGAGUGGGGCAAUAUUUCUAAACUGGCUUUUUUUUACCUUAAUUUUUCAAUUUCGUUCUCUUUUAUUGUUUUUAGUGAAUUAAGCUCCUAGUGUAUUUGUUUGUUUAAAAGUGUUCUGUAGGUUCUAAUAUUUAAUUUUGUUCUGUUGUGUUGGUACUUUUUAAAUCCUCUGCUUGCAGUCCAUCUGAUGAGCGUAGGAAGUGGAAAAGCCUGAGUAAGAUACCCAAAAUGCUUUAGCCUGUAGCUUUAUCCCUUUGUGAAUACAUCUCAUGGUUCACUGCAUCACGAAACGUUCAAUUAAUCUAACUCUGUCUGUUCUAGUUUGGAAGAGGCUGUUUUGGUAUGAGUGAACACAGUAAAUGCAGCUUUUGAAUGUUGGGUUACAUUUUCAUGUAUUUUGAAAGAAAACAAUUAUAUAAUUGAAAUGCUCUAAGCUUGCAGCUUCACCUUUUAAAGUGAAUGUGUCGGCUUUUAAUUCAAUCUGUGCUACACAAAUACUGAAAACACAAAAUCUCCCACACACUAUCUUCAGUGCUGAAGACUUUAAGGCCUAUAUCAAGGCAAAUACUUAUUUUGCAUAUUGUUGGGUGGCCCUUGAUCUUAUCCACAGUGCUCCAUAUGACACUAGAAGACACUGGUGUGCAAAGAAUUACUCUGUGGAUCCAUAUAAUUACUUUUCCUGAUCAUAAUUAUGUGAUGCAUCCCCUCUGGUUACUUAACCCCUUAAGGACACAUGACAUGUGUGACAUGUCAUGAUUCCAUUUUAUUCCAGAAGUUUGGUCCUUAAUGGGUAAGAACAUGUGUAGAAGUGUCAAAACACAAAGUAGCAAUAGUUUUUUUUUUUUGUUUUUUUUUAAGAUAUGAAAAUACAGCCCUUAAAUAUGACAUGUCUUUGCAAAUUCAAACAAGGCAUAUUUGUUAAAAUGUCAAUACUCUGGCAAGCGACAUUUGCAAUGUUGCUUUAAAUGGCAAAAAAAAAUCGCGAAUACAUUACAAGGGAGCGACUGGGCCCCAAAGCCAAUUUAUCAUGCUUGCCUAGGUAAUACCUAGGAAAUAAAAACAAAAUGGUUAUUUUUUGUGUCUGUUACAAGAUUCUCAGCUGUACAGGUGGAAGUGUAAUUUAUUAUUUUUAAUGAUGGUCAAACCUGAAGAAAAUAAUAAAGAAUAUUGUUACAAACCUG